AGAUUAUAUUAAAUGAUUUCGUUAUUUAUGAAAAAGAGUUUAUUUGUGUAAGAAGACAGUUGAUAUUUAAACUGCAGUCAGUGUACCAUGCAGAAUCGGUUCAAUGCACAUUUUCGUUCUAUUUACUGCGACAGCCCUUGGGACACCACUGUGUAUCAUUAGGUUUAUUGAGUAAAUUUAAUUUGUAAACUGGUAUUAUUGAUAUGAUGCCUAGCUGAACAAGUGAAGAUGUUGAUUGGCCAAGCUGUCAAUAAGUUUCACCAGUCGGCUGUUUGUAUGUCGUAACGAGUAUACACAGGUGAAGAGAGAGGAAGGAUCUUAUGGAGCUGGUGGUACAGCCUUGUUUACCUACAUAUUGGUCCAACAUUCCUUCAGUGUUUCUCGUUGUGUAAUGGUAUAAUGGUUGUUCACCAAUCAGGAAGUCUGUAGUUUUGAUCUAAUGCCUUUAAUACUGGUCAAAGAGGAAGGAAGCUUUGAGACCUACACUUGGUAUCUGUAGUUUCUGUUUCGUUUUAUGUUCUAAAGAAUCAAAUCUGGAUACACACUGUACUGUAGUGGUAUGUAAGUAUAUAGGUAUGAUUUUAACUUUCAUAUAUAUGUAUAGCAUCAAUUGUAGACAUGAUUCAACAUUCCUAUCGUAUUCAUAACUGUUUUUUAACCCUUCUAAUGAUGACAAAGCUUACAUAUAAGUGUUAUUGCUUAGAUGUAAUGUUAGUAAAUGAGAUGCAUGUUUACAAAGUCUUGUAUAAUUUCUUGAAUUAUAUAGGGCCUUGGAUAUUUAUACAAUGACAAUGGUAACCUGAUAGGUAUACUGGGACACCGUGUAAUGAUGGAUAGACUGUCACAGUUUAUACCUGUGAUAUGGUGCAGCAUGAUAAGGCAUAUGUUAUCAGAGCUGGAAUCGGCGAAAAAGACUCAAGUGAUCUGUAAGGAAUCUGUAGAAAUAUUGGAGAGAAAAUGAGGAUUGGAGAUGGUGGGGAAUGUUCUCAGCAAUCUCCUCUGGAUCCUGGGCUAGCAACACUCUACAGGAACCAGUUGAUGGAGAAAACUCACAAAAUGUCGGAUGAUUUCAUCCCGUCAUUUGACUCCAUGAUGCAGCAAACUAACCAGGAUUUGAAUUUUUCCGACGUCUUGAUAAACCAGCAAAACAAAUCCAAUCACACACCGUACCAAGUCUGUCGCUCACAAAAUGGAUUUGUUAAUCCAAGGACGUUACCAUGGAUACCACCUAUAAACAAUUGUCAUCUUCCAACCGAGCAAAAUACUUCAUCAUGUGGUUCUGAAAUUUCGAGUGAAAAUUUUAUUUUGGAGAAUGACUGCAAUACUCGAUUAAGUUCUGUGAACAGUGAGUGUCAUAAAACUGUCCAGGAGUUAGCAGAUCAUGGAAGUUUAUACCAUUCUGGUUGUACAGGUAUGCUGUCUAUGACUAGCAAUUCUACACAAACAGAAAACCCUUCAAGUUUACACUGUACUGAACUAUUACUUCAAUGCAAUUGCUCAAAAAUACAAAGUUCAGAACUCUCAAAUGCUUCAAAGUUCAGUGGAGUUGUUGUGGAGUCGAGGAGAAAUGUAAAUGACUGUUAUGGUGGACUUUAUACGGGUGUAAGACAGAGAAAGAUAUGUAACUGUAAAGGUUCACAGUGUGUAUCAGGUCAUGACAUUGAUACGACGAAUACACAGGAUCGUAGGAAAUCUGUCGUUGAACGGGGUCAAUCUGUUGUUGAACGGGAUCAAUCUGUCGUUGAACAGGAUGCAUCUUGUGGAAAACAGGAACAAAAUAACAAUGUUAGUGAAUUGACGUGUAAGUCAUAUCUUGUAUGUGAUAAAACUGGAUCAGAUAUCAAUGUGAGUAUUCGUUCUGGUAUUCAGAGUACCAAAAAUUCAGCAAAACAGGAAAACUGUGAUUUAACUGUACAAACUCUGGCAUGCACAAAAAACAAAGAAUUCGCCAGUGUAAGCAGUGUCCCUAAACCCAGUAGUAAAGAUGGAAUUGAAAACUAUGGCAUGCCCUCAAGUCCAAAUGGUUGCUGUCAGGGACGGACAAGUGGAAAAACUGGGGAAGGCUCAUUGUGUCCGAAAUACGAAACUAACUGUACGAAUGGAAGCUUCUGUUACUCAUUCUGGACAAUACCAGACCCUCGUAAUCAAAAGCUGACAUGGAAAAAACCCCCAUUAACGGUCCUUGUGGUCAAGAAACUAUUUGAUGAUGGCGCCCUAUCAGCUUUCCUUAGCCUUGUCUUAUGGCUUAUCAAGACCAAGAACAUGUUGGUGUAUUGUGAGUCAUCGGUGCUUGAAGAUUCCAUACUGCUGAUGGACGAGAAAUUCAAGGAAAUACAGAAUAAACUUCAGAUCUUUAAUGGAGAAAAGGAUGAUCUAACCAACAAAGUGGACUUCAUCAUAUGUCUCGGAGGGGAUGGUACUCUACUGUACGCCUCGUCAUUAUUCCAGUCUAGUGUACCACCAGUGAUGGCAUUUAACCUUGGAUCUUUGGGAUUCUUAACACCUUUCCAUUUCAACAACUUCAAGGAUCAUGUCUCCUGUGUGUUAGAAGGGAAUGCAAGUUUACUGCUGAGAUAUCGCCUGAAGUGCAUAGUCAGCAAGAGAGAUGCCUCUUCACCAACCAAAAACCUCAUACCAUCCCGGAUAGGGGCAAAAAUAUUGGUUUUUAACGAGGUGGUUAUAGAUCGGGGGCAAUCAUCAUAUCUCACCAACCUUGACCUCUAUGUUGAAGGUCGCCUUGUCACCACAGCACAGGGUGACGGUAUCAUCAUAUCCACUCCAACAGGAAGCACAGCGUACGCCAUGGCAGCUGGAGCCUCUAUGGUCCAUCCAAGUGUGCCCGCCAUCGUCAUCACCCCAAUCUGUCCACAUUCCUUGUCUUUUAGACCGAUAGUGGUGCCCGCAGGGGUUGAAAUAAAGGUGAGUGUAGCUCCUGAUUCACGAAAUCCUGCAUCAGCAUCAUUUGACGGGCGUGAUCGCCAGGAGAUUACCCAGGGCGACAGUGUGAUCAUAACAACGGCUCAAUAUCCAGUACCUUCUGUGUGUUUUAAAGAUCAAAUGGACGAUUGGUUUGAAAGUUUAGCCGAAUGUUUACACUGGAAUGUCCGCAAACAACAAAAACCUCUGGCCUCAACCCCAAGUGUGACCAGUCUGGACUCUAUAGACCUAAGUAAUUAGCAUUCCAAUAAUCUCUGACCAUGGGUUGACCUUUAACCUUCAGUCAACCCGGAAAUUUGACCAACCGUUGACCAAUCAACUUAUUGCUGGCAAUAUCUAUGUGACUAAUUGGUGCUAAAACAUUGGCUGUUGACAGCUUCUCCCGAUUUUUACUCAUCAAGACUUUACACCUCUCUGAUCUACACAAACGUCCGAGUCUCCACAGAGCUUCACAUUAGGAUUUGUCAACUCUGAUUUAAACAACAAACAUUUUCUGCCAUCAAAGAUUCCCUGACUGAAGUACAAGCAUUCCUUGAGGACCCGUAAUGAGAUGAAAAGACGUCAUUUUGGCCCAGAUAAUCAAAUAUGGCCUUGAGAUCAUAAAACACUGUAGAUUUUGUAAUUUUGUAAUUGUUCCGUGUAACAUCUACAUAGGAUUUUAGUACACUGCUGUAGAUUGUAUUUCACCAAUGUUGAAUAUCUUAUUAUGUGAUGCUUGAGUUGAGAGAAAAUGACCGCUUUCUGUCUGCUGUCCAUCUGGAGGCCAGGAUCACUAUCCAGUCUGGAGAUCCUUGGCCAGGGUGCCCUCACAUCUCUUGUUGCUCAUAGAUAUUACGUAUUGUAUGGCAUUUCAGGGUUAUGUUGUAGAUGAAAAUAAUUGUCUCUCUCCUUAAAGAUCUUCGUUAGAGACGAUGUUUGCCACAAGGUACACACUACAAUCAGAACUUCAUUUGGUAUACUUUACAUCAGACCAUUUCCGCAUUAUUCAGGCUAAUUUUUCCCUCCGAAAACUUGACUGUGUGUAAUUCUUCACAGAACACAAGGACAUGCCAAUUACAGGUAAAGGAGUAAAAAAAAACUGUGUUUAUACUGUAAUUCCAGCAGGGAAAACGUCAUAUCAAUAUAAAAAGUUUGUUAUGGGGUCUUAAUGUGGGAGGAAACCGGAGUACCCAGGAAAAACCUGCGUGGUUGGGCAGGUGACCCCAUAUAUUUUCAGGUCUGAUCCAGUAAUCGAACCUCAGCAGCUGAGGUGAAAUGCAAGUGUAUUACCACUGUGGUACCCAACCAGCCACAAUUUUAUAUACCUAGCUGUAGAGCAUCUGAGGAUGUGAAGACAGAAUAAACUAAUGCAUAACCAAAAACAUUUUUUCAAUGUUUUCAACAGAACAGUGAGCACUAAUAAUUUUAUUUACUUGGUAUAUAGAUUAAGUCCAGAUGAAUAUAACACUGUUUUAUAGAUGUAUGAAUGAUUCUAUAGUUAGAUAGAGGAAUAUAUAGGUCUUGCUUUACUUAGAAUGCACCUACAGUAUAUUUCAACCAUUAGCAUUUAGAAUGCACCUACAGUAUAUUUCAACCAUUAGCAUUUAACUAAAUGUCAAUUAUUUUGUUUAAAAACCUUCUAACCAUGUAUAGAUACUAACUAGUUUUAUUAUUAAGUGGUUUUUUUUUUUAACGGGGCAUUUUAUUGACAUCUUAUAUACUCUUAUAUACUGGAACAGUCUUUUAUGAUGACAGAAUGGUCUCAGUCUGUUUUCCGUCUUGGCUUAAUCAAGGUUUCAAUACAGGUUGGUCGAUCAGUAAACAAAUGACUCGGAUUGUUUAUUUAAAAAACAAGUGGGAAAAGGUCCAAAUUUAUCCACAUGAGAUUUGAAAAAGAAAUAUUUAAUUGACUUUGUGGAUUUUGGAAAAAAAAUUUAAAGUUGAUUAUACUCAAUGACAAUCUGAUCAAUUUAUUUGUUGUUCAGGCCAAUUAAUCAGUUUUGUGAAACAUGUGCCUUUAAGUUAUAUUUUGUCUAAGUAACAUCAACAUUUACAGAUAGUGAUCAUUCUAUAUCAUGCUGUUUAGUACCAAAUGUCUAUGCGAUCUCAACUGAUUUCACUGAAAACAAUAUUAGUUAUUGGGAUUGUGUCUUUACAAGGUGACCUAAUUCCUGACCUGACUUUGUGUGUAUAGAGGUGACCUAAUUCCUGACCUGACCUUAUGUCUUAACAAGGUGACCUAAUUCCUGACCUGACCUUAUGUCUUAACAAGGUGACCUUAUUCCUGGCCUGACCUUGUGUGUAUAUAGGUGACCUAAUUCCUGAUCUGACCUUGUGUCUGAACAAGAUGACCUAAUUCCUGACCUGACCAUUUCUCUGGACAAGAUGACAUAUUUCUGACCUGACCCGACUUGACUUUGUGUCUGGACAUGAUGACCUAAUUACUGACCUGACCUGACCUUGUGUCUGGACAUCUAAUUCCUGACCUGACCUUUUGUCUGGACAAGAUGACCUAAUUACUGACAUGACCUUUUGUCAGGACAAAGUGACCUUAUUCCUGACCUGACCUUGUGUCUGGACAAGAUCAUGACUUACUUCUAAUCUGACUUGACCUUGUGUCUAGACAAGAUGACCUAAUUCCUGACCUGACCAUGUCUCUGGACAAGAUGACAUAUUUCUGACCUGACCCGACUUGACUUUGUGUCUGGACAUGGUGACUUAAUUCCUGACCUGACCUUUUGUCUGGACAAGUUGAUCUCAUUCCUGACCUGACCUUGUGUCUGGACAUCUAAUUCCUGACCUGACCUUUUGUCUGGACAAGAUGACCUAAUUACUGACCUGACCUUGUGUCUGGACAAGGUGACCUUAUUCCUAACCUGACUUUGUGUCUGGACAAGAUGACACAUUUCUGCCCUGACCUGACAUUGUGUCUGGACAAGAUGACCUUAUUCCUAACCUGACCUGACCUAUUUUCUGGACAAGGUGACCUUAUUCUUAACCUGACCUGACCUAUUGUCUGGACAGGGUGACCUUAUUCCUGACCUGACCUAUUGUCUGGACAAGGUGACCCAUUCUUGUGUCAAUGUGUUGAUGUUAUAUCAAUAUGGUCUCCUGUAAGUGUUUUAUGUACAGUGAUUCUGUUUUAUAGAAUUAUGUUUAAUGAAUUUAUGAAUGAGUAUAUAUCUUGUUUUAAUGAAAGAGUUUAUUUUAUGAAAAUAUGUUUAUUUCCAUGUUCUCUGUAAGAUACGUUCACUGGUGAUGUCCGUUUUGUAAUCAGUGAAGUAAAAUACGCCAAAAACCUUU